CCACUUUUCUUCAUACAUUUUACAAGGGAAUCCUGCAAUUUGCUGCUUUUUUUCUUGCAAUUACUUCACUUUUCUGUUGGUCAUUUUGAGGUUUGAAGUGUUGAUCUGUUGGUGUGGUGUCCCAAAGAGCUCUGUAUAGCUGUGAUUGGAUUUCUCACUAUUUUCUGAUAUUUUAUAAAUUAUCAGUUAAACAGAAUUUAAACUCUUACAUUACAACUACAGACCUCCAUCUAUUACCUACACCACUUACUCCUCAUUAGGGUCAUAGGGGACUGGAGUCUAUCCCAGCUGACUUAGGGUGAAGACAGGGGACACCCUGAACAGGUCGCUAGUCUAUCACAGGGCUAAACAUAGAGACAAACAAUCACAUUCACACCUACAGACAAUUUAGAGUCACCAAUUAACCUCAGCAUGUUUUUGGACUUUAGGAGAAAGAUAGAGAACCCAGAGAAAACCCACCUUUGUGCUACCUGUUCUGUGACUAUUAUGCAUCACACAUCUCGAUGCUGAUGCCUAAUUGCUAACUACUGUGCAGCGCUAGUUUGUAUUUAGUAUAUUUCAAAAGUGAUUCCAUUUUGAUAUCAAACAUAGAUCUUUAUCACCACUACUCUUUCAGAUUUUUGCAUAUAUGUAAAAACAAAAAAAAUACAAACCAGAUAAAACAUACAAAUGUACAAAGAAAAACAAAAAAAGGCAAAUUAAUUGAAUUUAAAUAAAAUACAAAUGCCAAUACUAAAAAUACACAAUGUACAACCCCUGGCAAAAAUUUUGGAAUCACCAGUCUUGGAGGAUGUUCAUUCAAUUGUUUAAUUUUGUAGAAAAAAAGCAGAUCACAGACCUGCCACAAAACUGAAGUCAUUUAAAAUGGAACAUUAAACAACUGAAAGAACAUCCUCCAAGACUGGUGACUCCAUAAUUUUUGCCAGGGGUUGUACAUAUAAGUCAAUUAUUAAAAGCUGCAGGUAAAUAAUUGAGGAAUUCUCAAUCUAGCAUGUCAUGUCAAUGUAAUUUGUAAAGUUGAUAUUAAUUAUAUGCAUUGUCCGAUAUCCUUAUUCAUGUUAUAUCACCAAACACCCCAAGACAGUAGCCAACAUUUUUGACCUAACAUCCAUUACUCACUUUUUACUUUUGUAUUAAAAUAAGGCAAAAUGUCACAACAUAGGAUCAGCUGCAGUUAGAUAUAGAAAUCCUAAACAAACCUGUGGAUCCAGACUAUAAGCUGCAUUGCUGCCACAAUCUAAUCACUUGGUCCUUGUGUCAUGUCUGAUCUUCCCUGAAAAUUUCAUCCAAAUUCAUUAGUCCAUUAUUGAGUAAUGUUGCGAAUGGACAGACAAACUGAUGGUGAUCGUCACAUAACUCCACCGCCUUCCUUGGCAGAGCAACUAGAAAAGCACUCAGAAAAUGCAGUACUCUGUGUGUGUGUUAGCUCCUGCACUAUGACUGAGGAAUCUGGGAAAAACUUUUUGCACUGUCAACUUUGAGCACCAGCAGUAUGUUUUUGUUAAAUGUUUUUGUUCAACAAGAAACAGCACCAAGAAAUUAAUCAUGAAAAAGUUUGAUGGCAGAACCAUACCCCAUGAAGCCUCUUCUUGUUUCAACAGGAAACGAUAGGAACAAGAAAAGCAGAUGACAGAAAUGGAAAGACGGUGGAAUAAUACACUAAGCAGAUUCUUUGCAAGAGAAACCACCUGUGUUGUUCAAACCUGUGCAUCUCACUCCAUUUCUCUCCUACACAGAGGCAGAUUUGUUUGAGAGGAAAGAAUAAGGAGGGAAUAGGUUGUCCUUCAGUACAUUAAACAGAAACUAAAGUACAGAUAGAUGGAAAAAAAAUGUCCAUGCAGAUAUUUUAUUAAUACAUCCACCCAUCAUCUAUACAACACUUAAUCCUUAUUAGGGUCGUCCAGGGGCUGGAGUCUAUCCCAGCUGAUGUCAUUGUGGUGAUCUGGGAGGAUCCAGACUGAUGGUGGAGAACAGGUGAAGAAUCCAGGUGAGGGCUUUACAAGCAAGUGGAAGAUCCAGAACUAGAGCACAAAGAACAGCAGUUAGCGCAAGGUAAACACAAGAGAGCUAGAUGGAACAUGGAUCAUUAAACUGACUGAGGUUGUUCAGCAGUCUGAAGUAAUGAUCUGUGUCUGGCUUUAAUGGAGGAGGAAGGUAGCUGCAGUGAUCACUCCCACCUGCUUGUGCUCAUCAGGUGAUCACACAUCACGCUCAUAUCCACUUGGAGAGAGACAGAAGAAAGGAGGGGGAAGGGAGAAAACCUGCCACAACCUGGUCAGAGUUGGACAGCGUAACAAUCUUGGCUCAGCAGAUCAAGUAUGUGUGUACAGUCAGUGAGGAGUUUAUUAAGAGCAGCCUACUAGUCCUUGGUCAGGCUUUCCUUGUCUGUUAAACAGCCUCAUUUCUUUUUUAUCAUGGACUUGUCUCUGCAGGAUCUUCUGAUGCACAUGAUUGGCUGAUUCAACAUUUGCCUAAAUAAGCAGAUUGCAGGUGUUUUGAUUAAAACUAAUGGUUCUGAUUAAGCCUGAAGAAAAAAAAAACAUGAGUCAUUAGCAACAUUUUAACAUUUAAUAAUACCCCUUGAUAAACGGAAAAAUCCAAAAUUUGCUGAUUUCAACACUUCUAAAAAUAAGCAAUCACAGAAAGAGGAUGUGAGAAAGUCUUGGCCAAUACUCAAAUGAAAGGAUUAAUAAAAAUGAAGAAUUUAAGAACUUUUAGUCCUAUGGAUAGCUUUCAACUUGUGAACUCUGGAACCUUUAACAUAACAGUUAGCGGUAGGGGGCCAAAUACUGUAUUUAAAAAUAUGUCUUUUAGCGCUGUUGUCAGGGGAGAAAAAAGUAUCCAGUCAAAGGCAGAUACUUCUGAGGGGUCCAGAAAUGCUGCUGUCUUGAUGAUGACUAGUUAACCUCAGAGAGGACGAGUGCCAUUUCUCUGCUCUCUGAAUGUCCUCAUUAUGUAACAGUCUUCUACUCUCAAACAUCACCAUGAUCAACUCCAAAUUUACCAUAUCGGCAAAUAUAAUAAAUUCAUGUUAGCUUUUCAAUGUGUGCAUACAACAACAAUUAUAAUUUUUUAGAGUUUUCUUGCUUUUAUUAUGGUUAGUGAAUUACUUCUUUCGCUUCAAAUUAAUUUUGGCUGUGGUCGGGAUUCUAUUGUUGUCUUGGAAAGAGCAAUAACAGUGGUGGCACAGACCGGAACUCAGCGAGUCUAAAGAGUGUGGGUGUUGUUUCCAGAAGAGGAGGGCUCAUUUCAACACAAAUUCCUCUGAACCAAAUCAGAAGUGGAUGUAAACAGCCUCUAAGUGAUGUCAUUUAGAGGAGCCAACUGACAGGCUGGAUAUCAGAAGUGACCGACCCCACAGGUGACUGUUAUGAGCUGGACCACAACCAUGGCUGUUUGUAACAGUAGCUUGUGGUCUGUCAGGCCCGCUCUCGUCAUAUUGUGGAUGUUGACAUGGAAUGCCGGUAGUGACGCACAGCUUCAAGGAGAGGAGGAGGAGAUUUUUCAUUCUGACAAACAGACCAGACUGGGAUGGAACGCUGAACCCUCCAGGGAAUGGAGUGAAAUUCAGCUACCAGUUGGUACAGAGGGGACUGUGCCUGUGCUCCAAGCUUGUGGAAAAAGAAUAAAGCGAACUAUUUUAAGCCAGUGGAUGGAGCGUAAAGAUGCCCAUUACCUACUGAUGGAUAUUUCAGUUGCCCAAGAAGAGGAGUCGUCUGGUCAGCUCGACUCGCUGCAAGUUUAUUGUUUUGAUUCAGACACCCCGAUCAGAAAAUUUCGGAAUAGCCAGGCAGUGCUGAACAUCCAGACCUCCAAACUGCUCCCAGAUGCAGUCCAUCCAAACCAAAUGUCCAACUACCUGAAUCGCAGCCUGGCCUUGAGUGUCUGCUCAGUCAGCCGCAGAGGCUUCCAGAUCGCCUUCUCCUUUUCAGGCACAUGUGUGUUUCUGACCUCCAUCAGACUGUAUUACAGGAGGUGCCCUGACAUUGUUUCUGAUCUGGUCUCAUUUGGGGGAAUGGCUGCUGGGUCGGGGCUUCUGUUUGGUUCUUGCGUGGAGGGAGCUGUUGAGGUUUCUCCUCCUUUCAGGGAGUGUAACGUGGAUGGAGUGUGGAUGCCACUGCAGGGGGGGUGCACUUGUCAACCUGGGCAUCAAGUCAUGGAUGACACCUGCGAAGCCUGUAAGAUGGGUUACUACAAAGCAGCCAAUGAGAGUGCAGGAUGCCAGCUGUGCCCAGCGAAUACCAGGACCCAGAGGGAGGGAUCAGAGAGGUGCGACUGCCUACAAGGUUUCAGCCGUUUGCCAGGUGAUCCCCAUGACCUCGGCUGCACCAAGCCACCUUCUGCUCCUGUGAAUCUAACCGCUAGUCAUCAUAAUGACUCUGUGCUAACGGUGACGUGGGACCCUCCUCAUGACAGGGGAGGCAGACAGGAAGUGAAGUAUCAUGUUAAGUGUGAGAAGGAAGCUGAGGCUGGCAGUCAGUGGGAGAUGUGUGGGGAUGAUGUGAUUUUUCUGCCACACUCAGCAGAACUGACCAACACAUCAGUCAGGAUCAUGGGACUGAACCCACAGCGCGACUACAGAUUGUCAGUGCAAGCCUCCAAUGACAUAUCCAUCCUCCAGGGGGCACCACAUUUAUCAACUGCAGCUAUUACCAUUCACAGAUGGAAACUUCCUCCUGUGGUGACUACUGUUCCCCCAGAAUUAAACCUCCCAAUUCUUGACAUAACACCAGCUCCUCAGCAUGAGAGUCGCUUCUUCAUGUGGCUCACAAUUGGUGUUUUAUUUAGCGUCCUGCUGCUCAUGGCUAUAAUCCCCACUGCAGUGUGUGUCCUGCGCAAAAACUACAUUAAACUCAGAUCAGACAAUGAAGUAGAGCUUUUGCCACUGCAUAGUGAAAUCUCAUACCGACGCCCAGAGAUAGUGGAGUCUCCCCCUCAGCGGUCUGAUGUGGUGGAGGGCGUGGCCCAGUUGUUGGAGGGACUCAGUGGCCGGCUACUGGCCAGUCUGAGGGAGGUACUGGUGGAGAGAGAGCAGCUGACUCUAGGCAAGGAACUGGGCAAAGGAGAGUUUGGUUCAGUGUAUGAAGGCGUCUUUACACCAGAGGAAGGUGUGGACAUCAAAGUGGCUGUGAAGACCAUGAGAGUUGGAAUCCACAGUCAGGAAGACUUGCAUGAGUUUCUGAAAGAGGCAGAGAUCAUGAAGAACUUUGAUCAUGAAAAUGUUGUCAGACUACUGGGGGUCACUUUACAGAGAGAGCAGGACUGUCCUCUGCCUGUUCCUCUUGUCAUCCUGCCCUAUAUGAAGCAUGGAGACUUGCGUCGUUUCCUCAUUGCCACGCGCUACGGUGAUAUUCCUAUGUUUGUGCCCCACCAGAGUCUCCUGCGCUUCAUGAUCGACAUUGCAGCAGGGAUGGACUAUUUGAGUCAGCAGGGGUUUCUGCACAGAGACUUGGCUGCACGCAACUGCAUGCUAGGUGACGACCUUAGGGUAUGUGUGGCUGAUUUUGGCCUGUCCAAGAAAAUCUACAGUAGUAACUACUACCGUCAGAAAGUAGCUAUCCGUGUGCCAAUCAAGUGGAUGGCCAUGGAGAGCCUGUCUGAGUCCAUCUACACCACCAAAAGUGAUGUGUGGUCAUUCGGAGUAACCAUGUGGGAGAUUGUGUCCCGAGGCAGGACACCAUAUCCUGGAGUCCACAACCACGAACUGCUGGACCUGCUGCAGUCUGGACACAGGCUCAAACCACCUGAGGACUGCGAUCACAAACUUUAUGAAAUUAUGAGGAGCUGCUGGAAUAGGGAGCCUACCCGGAGGCCUGGCUUUGGCGAGCUGGCUGAAGCACUGAAAGGCCUUCUGGCAGAACUUCCGAUCCUGGAGGCCAGCCAGGAGGCUAGUUAUAUCAACCAGGGCCUGGAGGUGGCUGCUGCUGCUGCUGCUGCUGCUGCUGGUGGUGGUGCCUCUCAGGAUUCACAGACAGACUCUAGGGGAAGAUGGGAAAACGUCUACCUGCCGAAUCCUGUGGGUGCUACUGCUACAGCCAGAGAUGAUGACGUGGAACUAGAGAAUGGUUAUCUUAAGUACAUUACUGGCUCAGCAGUUAAGGAGAACGAAAAUCACUGAAGAUGGACGAUGUUUUUGUAAGAUACACAAUGUAAUUCUUCUCAUGAGCUAUGAAGAAGGGACAGAGAUGUUGUAUGCAUUUAUAAUCUACAUCUUUAAGGGUUAGGAGAGAAAGGUGACACAGGCUCCCAUUAAGCACCAAGAAAACAAAGCAUUUUACUUAAUUUUUGAAAUGUUGUAUAUCUUUAUUGUGUACACAGGUCACAUUAAAACCAUCUGCCUAAUAUUGUGUAGGUUAACCUCAUGCCACCAAAUCCGAUCUCACUCAUGACAACAAUGUCCACCGGACCUCCGUGGGUGCCCUGUAGUGUACGAGGUGUCUGUAGCAGAUACUUCAGGUCCUGUGGGUUGUAGGGUGGAGUGUCUGUGGAUCUGACAUGUUUCAGCACAUCGCGCGGAUGCUUCAUUGAAUCGGAAUCUGAAGUCAAUGCAUUGCAAUAACAGGGUUUGGUUUGUACUAGACAUGGACUGCAUGAAACACCACAGCAGAAAGCAAAUAAACAUCCAUGAAUCUGCUUAGAAGCUAUGAAUAGAAAACAGCUUUAGAGCUUGCCUGAGAAUCAUUACAUUUUUCAGUUUAUCAGCGACCCAUCAAUCAAAUGAGAGUUGUCUGUACCUACAUGGGCACUACAAAAAAACAAAAACAAAACUGCAAACAGCUACUGUGUACUUUCAAUGUACGUUUUCAACAAAAUAUAAAUGAAUAUAGGGUAGAAAUGUGGGGGGAAAGAAAUAGAUACUCACUUUAAAAUACAGAGAUAUGGCUCUGGACAAAAAAUUACAUGAAGUGAAGCAAAUUCACUAAAAAACAAGUGAUCAUUUUAGCUGUAAUUAUUAUUGUAGGGGGAUUGAAAAAUGACUCAUUUGCUCUAGAUUGGAAUAAAUCACAGUCCAGGACAUGUAAUAUUAAAAUAGUCACACAUAUCCUACAGAAAUAAAUCCUGUCUGAAUGAGAGUUAGAUUUUAGUAAAUAUUUCAAAUAGGUAAUUAAAAUUUUAAGAUAAUAAUUCAAAAUAUGUCAUAUAUCAUAUUUUGUGUCAUCCUUUAUCCUUCAUCCAUUAAUGCAGGUAGAAUGUGAACCAGUUAUGUACAUUAUUAUAUCAGAGAACAGAUAAAUACUUUAGUAUGAACAAACAAACCAAUAAAUAAUUAAAAAACAUUUUGGUAGUGACAAUGACAUGUUGAAAUAACACCUUAAUUCGUUUUCUAAACUUUUAUGUGGACUAUUUCUGCAUUUUUGCAUUCACAGUACUUAUAAAAUAUUUGCUUUUCUCCAUUUAUUUACAUCUGUUAGGAUUUCUGUGACGCUCAGGAAAGACAAGGAGAACGACUGGUGCAGAUCAACGGUUUAUUUCCAGAGAAUGUGUUCACAAAACAACCGGAAAAUACUACCGGAAGCUAACGACCUGAACGAAGAAGGUUAUAGACUCAAUAUCGCCUCUAGAGGCGGGAGGUCUAAAAUAGAGAGAAACUUCUAAAACAAAGAACGAACCUACUGCAGAUAUCACCUGGGCAGGUACGCAAAACAAAAUACGAAAACAGGUCUGGCACAAAUACUAAAGAGGAACUAACCUCAGUACGAAAAACCGAAUAUUCCAAGAACUACAAUUCUAGCAGAACGAAAGGUUAGAACAUAUUUUUUGCUGGCAUGCAGAAAUAGAUACACCAAGGAGUGGCUACACUCAAAUAAACGAAAGCCAGCCGAGAAACUGCAGGAAUCAAGAAAUCAAUCUUAAGUCAGGCUGACAAACGAAACAACGAAAGAGCGACUACGUUCACACAAGGAAUACUAAUAGUCAACGUGAGAAUCAACCAUCAAAGCCAAACUGUACGCGUACAAGGUUGCGAGGCUUGCACAUUAUAUAAUACUACACUACAGAAAAAGUGCAAGCGAUCCAAAAACUAAAGCUAGUCUGGACCUGCACGGACCGGGAACUCAUCUGAGUCUGGAGAAUGCUGAAGGCAGCAGGGAAUGUCUGCGAGGUAGGAUUUAGUGGAGGAUGGAGCUUGAAGCAGACGGUUGGAAGCUGCAGCGACAGGUGUGCCGGAAGUUGGAUUUUUUCUGUGAUUUUACCAAUUAUUAUCUGUAAUUUCAGGAAAUUAAGAAAAAUCUAUUAAAUAACAGUUACAAAAGAAUUUAUCUUUCGAUACAUAACAAAUACCUGCAAAAUAAUGAGAUUUUUGUCCUAGAUUUCAGUCUAGAAAGAAAAGUGGUGACAUUUUAAGAGAGGAAAUUCCACAUUUACAGUGGCGACAGUAUUUACAGUGGUGGCAUGUUAUUUCUUUUUGUCUUUCUUUUUCAUACAGUCAAUACAUAAAUUUGUACUUUUUUUCCGUGAUGUAACUUGCUAUUUUCUGUAAAUUAAACAAAACAAAAGAAAACCGUAAAUGACUUCUUAAAAUGGUUUACCAUUAAAAUCUUAUUUUACAGUCAUUCGUUGUUAUUUGAAAGACAAAUGAUGCAUAUUAAUGGUAAAUCAUGGUUGAACUGUUGCUCCACAGAUUUUGACCUGUUUUGUUUAACUCCAGAUAAUAACUAGUAAAGUCACAGAAAACAAAGUACUAAUUUACAUACUGACUGUAAAGAACACGCCACAUUUAUAAAUUCUGUCCAAAUCAGAAUUGCGUGAUUAUACAAAUACUCAGUUGUACUGUUAAAAUGUUUGACUGUAAAAUUACACAACUUUUCUUUCUGGGUUGAAUCAGAGACAAACAUAUGAUUUCAUGUGUAUCUGUUGUUAUUUGAAAGAAAAAGUGUAUAUGUACUAUUGGUAAUUUAUUUUGUAACCAUCACCGUAUUGAUCUUCCUGUUUGGUUCAAUUAUGGACAAUAAUAACCAAUAAAAUCACAGAAAAUCAGUAAUUUACUUGUUAAUGUUAAACUAAAACAAGAUAACAAAGAAAGAAAAACCUGUAAAUAAUGUCCACAUCAAAAAACAGUAUUUUUAGAAAUGGUAAUAUGUUGUUUGACAGCAUUUCAACAUAAAGUUACACUUUCUUUGACCAUGUUUAAAUCAACAUAUUUUUUGCUGUACUGAUAUUUUUUGUUAUUUGAAAGAGAAGUUAUGUACAUAAAGGAUUUCAAAAUAGGAAAAUCCUUUCUUAUACUGUUGUUUUAAAGAUUUUUUGGGACAUUACAAUAAAUAAAAUGUCAGA